UCUCUGUCUCUGUCUCCAGAGAUUGACUGGGAAGGCUUCCAAGGAGUCCGAGUGAUUGCAGUGCCCGGCAGCCAGGCGUAUGCGAGGAACCAUGGGGUGUACCUUGUUGAUGAGCAGGGCCUGGUACGUGACAUCAUCUACAAAGGCACAGAAGCUCAGAUCCAGCAGUGCGCAGGGCCUGACUGCACUGUCCCACUGGUCUGUGGGGUGGUUUUCUUCUCCUCGAGCGCCGCCGAGCAGCUUCUGGCCACCCACGUCAUCCCUCCCUUGGAUGCCUGCACCUACAUGGGGCUGGACUCGGGGGCACCACCCAUCCAGCUCUCCCUUUUCUUUGACAUUGUGCUGAGCAUGGCGGGGGGGAUGACGGAGGAGGAUUUUGUGAAGGGCGGUGGUGAUGCCAGCGUGAGGAGUGCCCGCUCCGUGCUCUGGACAGCUCUCCGUGCCUUCCCUCUGAGCAUGGCCUGCAUUCCCGAUGCAUCCUAUGACUACUUGACCACGGCUGCAAGUGACCACAUCCGUAGCCUGACCCUCUUGCCCAGCUCCACCAGCCACCUUCACUUCUGCAAAACAGCCCAUUCCCACGUGGACCAACCCUUGCUCCUGGAGGACGGCUCCUCGGUCACCAACUGCCUGCUGGAAGGAGCCGUUCGGCUGGCGGCCGGCAGCGUCAUCCAGCACUGUCACCUCCAGGGCCCUCUGGAGAUCGGUCCUGGCUGCCUCCUCACGGGCCUCACCGUAGGCUCCUCAUCGGCGCUGCAGGGCUGUCCCCUGCGUGAUGUGGUCCUGCAGGGCCACCAUGUCCGUCUGCGUGACCUGCCCUGCCGCGUCUUCACGCUCACCGGCCGCCUCGACGACUGGCAGAGUCCUGCUGAAGAGGCCACCUACUUGAACAUCCCCUGGGCAGAGUUUUUUCAUCGGACGGGCAUACGCAAAGGGGACCUCUGGGAUGCUGAGACACCGCAGAAAGACCGCUGCCUGCUAAGCGCCCGGCUCUUCCCAGUGCUGCACGCUUCCGAGGCGCUGGGGCUGGAGGAUGUGCUGUGGCUGCUGGCCCCAGCAGCAUCGGGCGACCGGUUGGCACGUUGGCGAGCAGCCUGGCGCAUGUCCUGGCAGGAGCUGCUGCCCUGCCUGGACAAGGCAGCCGAGCUGGGUGCUCGCCGGGACCUCUUCUUCCUGCAAGGCUGGCGCAAGGUGCGGCGCGUGCUGCUGGGACGCCAGGACGGCAGCCUCCUGCCACUCAUCCGCAGCGCUGUCUAUGAGGGUUACCAUGAGACCUUGCUGGGCACUCUGGAUGAGGUUGCCUCUACAGCUGAUGACGCAGGCAUUGCAGCCCGGGCACUCGCAUGCAUUGCUGACGUCCUGGGCUGCAUGGCACAUGGGGAAGGGGGCUUGCGGAGUGGACCUGCUGCCAACAGGGAAUGGGCUUUGGCUUUUGGGCGCCUGGAGAGAGGGGACAUUGCUGGCGGGGUGCGGGAGCUGGCAACCGAGCGACGGAAGUGGAUGAGCAGUCCAGCCCUGCUGGUGAGAGCAGCUCGGCACUACGAAGGGGCCGAGCAGAUCCUCAUCCGGCAGGCGGUGAUGUCCUCGUGCCAGUUUGUCACUGUGUGCCCGGCAGAGCUGCCCCCCCUGGGGCACUGGGUGCAGGUGGCAUGUCCAGCCCGCCUGGACCUCUCUGGGGGCUGGAGCGACACUCCUCCCAUCACAUAUGAGCACGGCGGGGCCGUGGUGGACGCGGCCGUGCUGGUGGAUGGGUGCCGACCCAUUGGUGCCCGGGUGCGGCGCAUCGGUGAGCCGGAGCUGCGCCUGGCCAGCCUCGGUGGGACGCCGUGGGGUGAGGCGGCAGUGGAGCUGGUGUGCCACAAGCUGGGGCAGUUGGAGAAUUACUGCCAGCCACAUGCCCCAGGAGCCUUGCUCAAAGCUGCCUUCAUAUGCACGCAGAUCGUGCAGUUCCCUUCGCAGAAGCCCUUGAGGGAUCAGCUGAUGGAGAACUUUGGGGGUGGCUUUGAGGUGCACACCUGGUCCAGGCUGCCCCACGGGUCUGGCCUCGGCACCAGCAGCAUCCUAGCGGGAGCAGUGAUGGCAGCGCUGUACCGGGCGGCUGGGAAGGUUGCUGGCACCGAGUCCCUCAUCCACGCCGUGCUGCAUCUGGAGCAGAGGCUCACUACAGGUGGUGGUUGGCAGGACCAGGUGGGUGGGCUGGUGCCUGGCAUCAAGAUCGGGAGGUCGGAGGCCCGGCUGCCACUCAGGGUGGAGGUGGAGGAGAUCCUGGUGCCUGAAGGCUUUGCCCGGAUCCUCAGCGAUCACUUGCUGCUGGUGUACACGGGGAAGACUCGCCUGGCUCGCAACCUGCUCCAGGACGUGGUGAGGAACUGGUAUGCCAGGCUGCCUUCCAUUGUACAAAAUGCUGACGCUCUGGUCAAUAAUGCUGAGGAGUGUGCCCGGGCCUUGAGGCAAGGAAACCUGCCACUCAUUGGCAAGUGUCUGGACGUCUACUGGCAGCAGAAGAAAUGCAUGGCCCCUGGGUGUGAGCCUCUGGCCGUUGGACGCAUGAUGGAAGCUCUGCAGCCUUAUGUCUAUGGGCAGUGCUUGGCUGGGGCUGGUGGUGGUGGCUUCCUUUACGUCUUAACCAAAUUCCCUCAGCAAAAAGAGACUUUGCACCAAAUUCUAGCAAAAACGGAGGUGAGAUCUGUGCCUCCAGCUGUUACAUUGGUCAAAAGCUGCUUGCAAAGCCCAGCAUUGCAGGUGGUUUGCAGAAGCCUGCUUCAUGCAGUGCAAGCACUAGAAGCAUCCCUCCCCCCAGCCACAAGUAGGACAAGCUUGUUUAGAGAGAGAGAGAGAGAGAGAGAGAGAGAGAGAGGCUGGGAGAUGUAG